GGGUCCGUAGUCUCGGCAGGUGUGACUUGGUGGGACUAGGGGAAGAGGCAAGAGGAACAGGAUUCCAUGUGUACGACUGUGACCUUAUGUGACUGUGCGGCGUUCUGUGUAGGGGUGUGAUUGUCUCUGUGGUGGGUGUGUCAUUGCGACUGACCAUGCGCGGACCUCUGUUUGCAGGUGUAACUGGAAAUGUCAGUUGUAAAUGUGUGGUUCUGACUGUGCUGCUCUGUGUGUCGGUGUGGCUGUCCCCAUGGUGGGUCUGUGACAGUGUGCGUUCGUUUUGUGUGACAUUGUGUGUAGGAGGUGGGGAGUGUACAGAACUUGUGAUUAUGCGACUAUGACUGUUGCCUGAGGGGUGUAUGUGUAUGUGUGGUUGUGGUUUAUGAGCGUUAGCAAAACUAAGCCUACUGCAUAUCUGUGACUGUGAGGAUGUGUUAAGUAUGAGCAUGUAAUUUUUUGUGGCACCGUGUGUGCAGUUGGAGGGUGCCUGUCAUUGUUGCCAGGGUGGCAGUGUGCGUUGUCCCAGUGGUUGUGUGAGGUCAAGACAAGAUUUUGGUCUUGGACAGCAGAGGCUUCUCCCCUUCUGACAUGCUCAGACUGGAAUGCUCCCAACAGCAUAGACUCUGAUCUCUCUCCAUGAGUGGUAGGUGUGAGUCCAGAGCUACUACUGCUCUGGUCGUUUGGGCCACAAGGAAGGCCUGGCAUCUCAUGAUUCCUUUCUACUUCCUCAGCUCUGCUCUUCUCAGAUAGGUCCCCAGAGGAAGAAGGAGGAAUGGCUGUUGACCAAGCCAAAUAAAAGCAAUGAAUGAGAGUUCCUGUUGCUCCUCACCAGCAUUUGGUGUUAUCAGGGUUCUGGAUUUUGGCCAUUCUAAUAGGAAAACAGCCCCAAGGAGAACUGAUCCUCUCCUGCAAUACUGAAAGAAAGCCAUGGCCCAGGGCUCAGUGGUGUUCAGUGAUGUGUCUGUAGACUUCUCGCAGGAGGAGUGGGAGUGCCUGGACUCUGGUCAGAGGGACUUGUACAGAGAUGUGAUGUUGGAGAACUAUAGCAAUCUGCUGUCAAUGGGAUUUUACAUUCCUAAGCCUCAAGUCAUCUCCUUAUUGGAACAAGGGAAAGAGCCCUGGAUGGUUGGCAGAGAGCUGACAAAAGGCCUAUGUUCAGAUCUGGAAUCAAUGUGUGAAAACAAGUUAUUAUCUCUGAAGAAGGAAGUUUAUGAAAUAGAAUCAUGCCAGAGGGAGAUAAUGGGACUUACAAAGCAUGGCCUUGAGUACUCCAGUUUUAGAGACAUUUUGGAAUAUAGAAGCCACUUUGAAAAACAACUGGGAUAUCAAAGUGGGCAUUUAAGCCAAGAAAUAUUCACUCAUGAAUACAUGCCCACAUUUAUUCAACAGACAUUCUUUACUCUACAUCAAAUAAUUAAUAAUGAAGAAAAGCCCUAUGAAUGUAAAAAAUGUGGAAAGGUUUUUAGUCAGAAUUCACAAUUUAUUCAACAUCAGAGAAUUCAUAUUGGUGAAAAAUCUUAUGAAUGUAAGGAGUGUGGGAAAUUCUUUAGUUGUGGCUCACAUGUUACUCGACACCUGAAAAUUCAUACUGGUGAAAAACCCUUUGAAUGUAAGGAAUGUGGAAAGGCCUUCAGUUGUAGCUCAUACCUUUCUCAACAUCAGAGAAUUCAUACUGGUAAGAAACCCUAUGAGUGCAAGGAAUGUGGGAAGGCCUUUAGCUAUUGCUCAAAUCUUAUUGACCAUCAGAGAAUUCACACUGGUGAAAAACCCUAUGAAUGUAAAGUAUGUGGGAAGGCCUUUACUAAGAGCUCACAACUUUUCCAACAUGUGAGAAUUCAUACAGGUGAGAAACCCUAUGAAUGUAAGGAAUGUGGCAAAGCUUUUACGCAGAGCUCAAAGCUUGUUCAGCAUCAGAGAAUUCACACUGGUGAAAAACCCUAUGAAUGCAAGGAAUGUGGCAAAGCCUUUAGUAGUGGCUCAGCACUUACUAAUCAUCAGAGAAUUCACACUGGGGAGAAACCCUAUGAUUGUAAGGAAUGUGGGAAAGCUUUUACUCAGAGCUCACAACUUCGUCAACAUCAGAGAAUCCAUGCUGGUGAGAAACCCUUUGAAUGUCUUGAAUGUGGGAAGGCCUUUACUCAGAACUCACAACUUUUUCAACAUCAGAGAAUUCAUACAGAUGAAAAACCAUAUGAAUGUAAUGAAUGUGGAAAGGCCUUUAAUAAAUGCUCAAACCUUACACGACAUCUGAGAAUUCAUAGUGGUGAAAAGCCCUAUAACUGUAAGGAAUGUGGGAAGGCAUUUAGUAGUGGCUCAGAUCUCAUUCGUCAUCAGGGAAUUCACACUGAUGAAUUUUCAGCCUUGGCGGAGCAGCUCUGGUCUCAGCCUUUCCAUCCCCGCACAGGCAGCUGGGGCUCCUGCUCCCAGACCAGCGCCACCAUCACUGGGAUGCUGAAGACUGUCAGGGCUGUUGCCUUGUGCACAGCCUCCCCUCAGGAUGCCCUGGUCAGGAUGUCCUCGCAGGCCGGAUUCCAGUCCAGGGCGUUGUACACACCAAUCCCAGCCUCCGGGGAGUCACAGGAUUCUGCUGUGUUGGGCUGGAGAGAACUACAGUCUUGGUUUCCCCAAGGUUUAUCACCAUGGCUUGAAGUCACUCAGGCCCAGAGAAGCUCCUGGCAACAGCCACAAAUCCCCUUUGGGGAGGCUGAUGGCUGUGACAGGCAGCUGGUGGACUCUAGACUGGCAGAAUGGAACCCCUUCUGCUCCAUGCUACUUUCUAGUAGAAAGUCAGGGGAAUGGAAAUGGUCCCAGGGCAUCCUCAGAACUGUUGGGAGAAUAUUAACUGCAACCAUCUGGACGGCGGAGGCACGUGUCCGUUUUUGUGUUUGCGGGUCCAGCCCUGCCAAAGGGGAUGUCCCCGGCAGAGACUCUGGGUUCACCUGCACGGGUCUGCCCGGGUCUCCGGGAGGGGCUCCCUGCGCGCCCCCGGCCUGCGCGGGGGCUUCUGGGAGAUGUGGUCCAUCCGCCGGACCCGCGCACCGCCGUGCACCAAGGCAUCAGCCGCUGGGUCUUAUUCCGCGGUGCGUGUGGGCAGGGCUGGUUCCGGGAGACGCGCCCGGUGAAAGUCUAGUGGCGGUCUCCGUGCCCAAGACCUCCAGGCGGAUACCUGGAGAGAUGUUCCUUCCUAUGAGACCACCUUCACCUCUGACUCAGAGGGCUUUUCCGAAAGUGGGCCAGGGGAUGUGUUAUCAGAGCGAUGGGCAGGUUGUCCUGGACACCAGGGUGGGCUGUUCCUUUGGCCAGGCCCUCUGUGGGUUGCCAAAAGACUGCCCCUACUUUGCAUCUGAGAAGCCCCAGAGCUCAAGGGGCCUGGGGAUCCUGCGUGGGCAAAGGUGUGGAGAAGCCCGUCCUCUCUCCUCCCCUCCUACCCCACAACAGGUACCCCGGACCUGCCCCCUCUUCCAAAAUCCCAAAUGCCCUCUGAGAAGCGAGCGAAACAGCCAAUCUAGCUGGGAGAAGGGCCAGCACGCGACAAAUACUUGCGGGACCUUUUGCUGUUGCGAGGACCUGCCCCCACCGGUCACUCACAGCCUGAUUGGCCCGCUUCGCAGGCCUCCCCUUAGCGCCUUUGUUGUUGGAAGGUCCAGCCUUAGGAGCGCUGAGACCUGCCGUGUACAAAGUCGAGUCUCGGAGUUUACGGGUCGUAACAAGGCCAGAGGGUCUCCUGCGCCGAGUGCAAAUCUCCGAGAAGAUGAAGCCAAAAGCGCGAAACAUGAUUGCAAGCCGAGAUGCUGCGCCCAGGGCAAGCGUUUUUGCCCAGGGUCCCGCAAGAAACUUUUGUUAUUGUUUGUAGCCCGUCCCCACGCGAAGGCACAGGCGAGCGCGGGGCCGGAAGAAGCCGUACUGGCAGAUGGCGCUGAGCGUUGUUGCACAUUUUUGCGUUGUCCCGGCAAGAGACCGCCCGACGAGGGACGCAGCCACCCUGAAGUCCUCCGGGUGCGUAGUGCGUGCCUGGGAUUUCAGCAGUCUCGAGGGUUCCAAAUCCCAGAGUCCGGCCUCCCUAUCUACCAAAACCCCGGGGACACAAGACCAAAGCUUGGAGUUGGCCCAGCCAAUCCCGCUCUCCUCAAAAAUAGCCUUGGCGUUCUCUGUCCAUACUGGCGCCCCUCCUACCUCCGGGGACCAAGGCCGGUGUCGCUCUUAUCCCCGAGUCCCAACAAAGCAUCACUCCACUGCUUCAUCCCUCAAGUGCUCUGCCGUGACCGGCGCCCACUCGCGCCAAUCUGGACCCUGGUUUCUGCUACGGGAAGGGCACACGGGGCGGCGCCUUGGCAUGAGUUACCCCAGUUCGUCCGCGCCGCUGACCUUGACGUAGCAGGAGCAUUUCCGGUCCGUGGGAUCCGCCACUCGCUGUUUGGAAGUGGCGUCGGCACUUCAUUCGGGAUUUUCCCGUACUUCUGCACUUCGUUCCCGAGUCUCAGCCUCAGGAUCGGCAACGUGCACCCCGCGUUCCAUCUGUCUUCUGAGACUUUGCCCUUCUCCAGAGAGAGCAUUCAGGAGACCAGGAAAAUGGCCACGGGGCUCCUGAAAGCCAAAAAAGAGGCAUUCGUGGCAUUCAGGGAUGUGGCUGUGGACUUCACCCGAGAGGAAUGGAGUUUGCUGAGCCCUGCCCAGAGGACCCUGCACAGGGAAGUGAUGCUGGAGACCUACAACCACCUGGUCUCACUAGAAAUUCCAUUUUCCAAACCAAAACUCAUUUCUCAGCUGGAGCAAGGAGAAGAGCCCUGGAUUGAGGAGAAACGAUGUCCACUGGUCCUCUGUCCAGGAUCAAAGCUAGAAAUUCAACCUUAUCCCCCCUGUCCGCUGGCAUUCUCUAGUCAGCGAGGCCUCAGCCAACAUGUGUGGCUCAGGCAUCUUCCUCAGCUCUUCUCAAGUUACUGUGCAGGAAAUCAUCUCCGUCCGGGGAAACCCUAUCCAGAAGAUCAGAAACAGCAGCAGAAACAACUCUUUGAUCAAGCCUGCUUGAGUGACAAAGCAGAAAUUCAAGAGACAGAAGACUCCAAGCCCUUGUUCAGGAGAGUAAGCAGAAGAGGCACUUGGGAGGUGUUGUCCAGCCCACUGCAAGAACAGCCAGUCAGGUCCAGGGAAGACAACACGGUGCUGGAUAUAGGGCCCAGCCUAGGCCAGAGGACAGACCUUGAGGAAUCAGACAAAGGAUCGCAUGGUGUAGAAGUCUCAAGAUUUGGGACAGUCAAAUGUGGGGAGUUUGGGCGAGGCUUUUUGAGGGAGUCAAACCUGCUCAGCCUCCAGAAGAUGCAUACAGGGGAGACACCUUACAUGUACACUGAGUGGGGACAGGGCUUUAGCAACAUGUCAAUCCUCAUCAAAAACCAGAAGAAACACUCUGGGGAAAAACCUUAUGUGUGCAAGGAGUGUGGACGAGGCUUUACCUGGAGGUCAAACCUCAUCACACACCAGAGGACACACUCAGGGGAGAAGCCUUAUGUGUGCGAGGAGUGUGGACGAGGCUUCACCUGGAAGUCAAACCUCAUCACACACCACAGGACACAUUCAGGGGAGAAACCUUAUGUGUGCGAGGAGUGUGGACGAGGCUUUACUUGGAAGUCAAACCUCUUCACACAUCAAAGGACACAUUCAGGGGUCAAGCCUUAUAUGUGCAAGGAAUGUGGGCAGAGUUUUAGCCUGAAGUCAAACCUUAUCACACACCAGAGGGCACACUCUGGGGAGAAGCCUUAUAUUUGUAAGGAAUGUGGGCGUGGCUUUCGCCAGCAUUCACAUCUCAUCAGACAUAAGAGGACACAUUCGGGAGAGAAGCCUUAUGUGUGCAGGGAGUGUGAGCAGUGCUUUACCCAGAAGUCACAUCUCAGUAGACACUUAAGGACACACACAGGAGAGAAGCCUUACGCGUGUGCGGAAUGUGGGCGCCGUUUUAGUUGGAAAUCAAACCUCAAGACACACCAGAGGACUCACUCCGGGGUUAAACCUUAUGUAUGCCUGGAGUGUGGGCAGUGCUUUAGCCUGAAGUCAAACCUCAACAAACACCAGAGGUCACACACGGGGGAGAAGCCAUUUGUGUGCAGAGAAUGUGGGCGAGGCUUUACCCGGAAGUCAACCCUUAUCACACACCAGAGGACACACUCAGGGGAAAAGCCAUUUGCGUGCAGGGAGUGUGGACGAGGCUUCAACGAUAAGUCAACCCUCAUCUCACACCAGAGAACACAUUCAGGGGAAAAGCCUUUUGUGUGCAGGGAGUGUGGUAGAAGGUUUAGCCAGAAGCCAAACCUCUUUAGGCACAGGAGGGCACACUCAGGUCAUAUGCCCUUUGUGUGCAAAGAGUGUGGGCAGGGCUUCUGUGAUAAGUUAACUCUCGUCACACACCAGAAGGCACACUCCGGGGGAAGCCUCACGUGUGCAGGGAGUGUGGGCAAGGCUUUAGCCGGCAGUCACACCUCGUUAGACAUCAGAGGAUACAUUCAGGAGAGAAGCCUUACAUUUGUAGGAAGUGUGGGCGAGGCUUUAGUCGGAAAUCAAACCUCAUCAGACAUCAGAGGACACACUCAGGAUAGACACCUUGUGUGUACAGCGAGUGUAGUGAAAUCUUCAGUCAAGAGUCCUAUUUCACAAGAUGCCAGAAGUCACACCUAGUGGUUUUAGUAAGAAGUCAGCCAUUACCAGACACCAAAGUGGAGACAGCUACUUACGUGUGACAGGAAUGUUCACGAGCCCAAUGGGAAGAGUCAACCUCUCCAGUCUGCCUGAAGGAGAACUACUGGCUCAUUUUCAGGAGCUCUGGCUUCCCCUAGUGGGGAUGGUGGGUUGUGGAAGAUCAGGUAACUUGAUGGAGGGAGCACUUAGAAGUAGAUUGAAAUAAAGGAAUGGAGACUAUUCUAAUGUCAUUUCCUGAGAAUAUUUAAACCCUCCUUACACAGUAGCCUGGAUGUUAGAGAUAACAGCAAUAAUAGAGCUCGCCCCUUAAAAUCUGUCCGACUUUCUGAGAACAAGGGACUUGACAGAGACCAUUGCUGAUUUAAUCUUGCUUUCCCAGAGCAGGACCCAGCAGCAGUCAGCUUCAGGGAAGUUUGGGAAAUGAUGAAUUCAUGGAGACAGAGGUAGUACGUGGGUAGAAGAAGGUUUUAUUAUGCAAAAGGGCUUACAAGUGAGGAAGACCAUGACUGUCCUAGCUCUAGGUUUUGGGAGGAAGUAUCCAUUUUUGCUUGCUUCCAGGGGCUGUCUCUGGUUUCCAGGUUGAAUCCAUACUGAAGAUAUUCUUAUUUACCGAUGUAUUUAGACUAGAAAUGUAUUAUAUGCUUUUAUGAAGAAAACUGGUAGUAAUUUUUGUGAAUUUGACUUUCAAACCAAAAGUUAGAAUAUUGAAAAACAACUGUCGCCAUGAACUUGACAGCUUUCCACUACUUAGUCUUUUGUGACAAGAUUGCUGAUGAUAUUAAUGAAUGUGAUUUUGUAAUACCAUAUAAUGAAAUACGUAAACAUUUGGAAGAUCUGCCUAACUCAUUGAACAAGUAUUUUCCAAAUGAUUAGUGUGUGAUGCUACAAAAUCAUCCAUGGUGGUAUUAAAGUAUAAGAUAGGCAAAUGGAUUUCAGUUUAAAAGAUAAAGGUACCUGGCUGGCUCAGUCAGUAGAGCAUGCAGCUCUUGAUCUUGGAGUUGUGAGUUCGAGCCCCACCUUUAGGGAUAGAGUUUACUUUAAAAAAGAAAGGAAAAACCAAAAACAAAAAUUAAAAUUAAUACCAAUCUUAAAAAAAAAAGAGAUAAAGGCCAGGUUCCACAUUACAGUAACCUUUAAAAAAUUAUCACUUGUUGACUUUUGCUAUACUUUGGUAUAGUCAAAGAAUAAUAUUAACAAAUAUCUGAAAAGGUCAUUAAAAUACAUCUCCAUUUUUUAAAUUUGUACAUGUGAGGUCAUAUUAUUUAUCUCAGCAAAUUAAAUGCAAGAGCACAUAUAAAAUACUAGCUAUAUUAAGAUUAAAGAGAUUUUCAAAAAUACAAGAUAAUGCCAUUCUUCUCACUGAUCUAUUUUUUUAAAUUUUUUUUGGUGGAAAAUAUUCAAACCCAAGUGAAAGUGAAGCACUUUACUUCUCAUUUAAAGUGCAUUGUUUCUAGAUGUUUAUGGUUUUGGGGUAUCUGGCUGGCUCAGUCAGUGGAGCAUGUGAUUCUUGAUCUCAGGGUUGUGAGUUCAAACCCCACACUGGGUGUAGAGAUUACUUAAAAAUAAAAGUCUUUAAAAAAAACCCAAACAGGUGUGGGGUUGCCUGGCUGGCUCAGUUGGUGGAGCAUGCGACUCUUGAUCUCAGGGUCAUGAGUUCAAGUCCUGUGUUGGGUGUGGAGCUUAACAACAAAACGUUUAGAUGUUUAUGGUCUAUAUCUCACAGCAAAAAAUACUUCAUACACACUUAAACACCAAAAAAAAAGUUACCUGACAUACUAUUAUACUUAAUAUAAUUUAAACUAGGCAUGGGGCACCUGGCUGGCUCAGUUGGUGGAGCAUGAGAAUAUUCAUCUCUGCGUCAUGAUUUCGUCCCCAUGUUGGGUGUAGAGAUUACUAAAAAAAAAUAAA